AAUGAGAUGGUCAAAAGCAGAAGGCUCCGAGAAAAAUUCGUGGUCCAUCGGAAUGACGUUCUGCAGGUCUUUUAAAUCAGCUGAUUUUACCAAAUAACAUCAAAAUAAGAAAUGGAUGAGCUGUCAACAGGCAACUAAUGUCAACUGGCAUUUUAUGAUAUUUUCAUCGGAUGCUGGUAUUAUGAAUUAUAUUGGUAAGUGAUGUUUGGGAAGAUACAUUUCUGCUCAGUCAGCGACAUCUCCGGCCUGCUUUGUUUCAAUUUCCAUACACAGCGAACGUCAUGCUAGCAUAGCUACCUAGUUUGUUAAAGAACCCUAGCUAACUAGAUGGCGAAAUAAAGUUUGCCAUCCACACAUGUUUUAUUUGUGCAUCAAUGCCUUUAAUCUCAGAUAAUUUGAAUUCGAUAACAUGCCGCUUGUGGUUACGGUAACUAACUAGCUCCAAUGUGUUAACUUGUUUAGCUAGCUAAAUUAGCUAACUUUGAUGAUAAUCCAAAGCAGGCAGGAUACUGUGUUUUUGUUUACCUGUGGCUAGCUUUAUAGCCUUUUGAUAUUGCUAUGUUCUACAACUUUUCAGCAACUGUAAGCAAUGGUAAAAACAACUUCAGUUUAUGUUAUUUACAAGUUAUUGACCGAAUCAUACGUGUAGCUAGCUAUGUUGGACAUGCCAUGAAGAAAUGGAAAGCUAGCCAGAAUAAGUAACUGGUCACUAAUGGUGGUUGAUGUCCUGCUCGCUCUCCUAUUUUAGGUGUGGACUGCUCCCCGAUCUUUCCCCUCAUAGCUAUAUAGAUCGACCGCCAUCAUGGACAAGAUUCUGGAAGCGCUGGUCAGCUCCUCUCACUCAGUCCCAGUGAAGAAGGCCAUCGUGAAGAAGGUAGUUGAAGCCGCAGAGAAAGAGGUCACGGAGGAGCAAUGCCAGGCCCUGUACACACUCACCACUCGCCUCAUCCUCCUGGGCGAAGACGCCUUCCAGAAACAGGUGGGCUUCCAGGUGCUGGAGGCCUACGCCCGCUACCACCGCGCCGAUUUUGAGCUCUUCUUCAGCAAAGACUUUGUCCUGGGCCUGUUACAGCAGGGCUACGGCCCCCUGGACCGCAAGGACCCGGCCGUGGUGGACUACAUCCAUGGCUGCCUGCGGCUGCUGAUCAGCUGCCCCUCGGUGCUUGAUAUCUUCACCAUCAUCCAGACAGAAGUCCUAAGGAUGGUGUGCGAACGGCCUGAGCCAGCCCUGUGCGCCCGUCUCGCCACAAUGCUCUCAGACUUCGUACAGUGCAUCCCCCGGGAGAAGGUGGCCAUUCUGUUCUGCCAGCAGUUGGUGAGGACAAUCGGGUACUUCCACUGUCCAGCCAGCCAGGAGCGGGAGCUGAGGGAGUAUGUGGAACAGGUGACCAAGGUCAGCACAUUACUGCAGAACAUCUGGAAGGCGGAUCCGGCCACGCUGCUGCCCUCUCUGCAGGAGGUGUUCGCUAUAAUCUCCUCCACCGGUGAGACUGAGAGGAGGGAGGGAGGGAGGGAGGGAGGGAGCACCACACACAGUCACAGAUGAAUGCGCGCACACACACACACACACAAUCACAUUUCACUGUAUGUGUCUAUACAUCAAUGCCUCACACUAGUCGUCUAUUCACUAAUAAUAUAUUUUGAAAUAAAUUAGCAGUUUCAAAUACCGUAUCCAUUUUUACUGUACAGAAGUAAAGUACAGAAUACUAUUUGCUAAUGCAGGCAUAAUUUGACCUUCACCCACCUAUGGAAAAACUAGGAAUGUCAGGCUUGUUAGCACAUGAUUGAGACUUGGAACAGUAACCUCUGUCAUUUUAAUGAUCCAAGGUGGUACAGAGUGCACCGCUCAAUAUCAGACUUCAAACCCAUCGUUGAAUUGGGUCACUUGGUUAGGGUAGAGGUUGUGAACAAUACAUUUGAAUACAAUUGUGCCAGAUGUCAUAAGCUGUGACCGUCAAUUGUACUGUUAUUGGUGUACUACAGUUUGUUUUGUGUUCUGCACAGACCCUUCCUUUGACCCCUCCAUUGCCCUAGCCAGCCUGGUCCAGCACAUACCUCUCCAGAUGAUCACAGUUCUCAUCAAGAGCCUUACCACCGACCAGAACGUCAAAGACACCAGCAUGACUCAAGCACUCUGCAGGUCACUGGGUGCCUUUUACUGUUGUUUUUUUCAUUAGCUAAACUGAUUAAAUUAGUCUGUUGUAUUUGCAGUGUGUACACUAGAUGGAUGUAGUGAUUUUAAUAUAACUUUUCUGCCCUUAUUUACCGUUCUCUCUUUCUCCAUCUACCUCUCUCCCUCCCUUUCUCUUUUUCCAUCCUCAGGAUGAUUGACUGGUUGUCCUGGCCUCUAGCCCACCAUGUGGACACAUGGGUCAUUGCCCUGCUGAAGGGGCUGGCCGCGGUGCAGAAGUUCACCAUCCUCAUAGAUGUCACCCUGCUCAAGAUUGAACUGGUGGGUAGUGUACUGACCACUAUGACCACAGCAGGGACUGUCCAUGUACCAAUGAGUUCAGAUGGUAUUAACACAUGGUAAUAGCAAAGACAGUACAGUAUGAAGAUCGGCAGAAACUGCUUCUCCAAUAGAAAUCCCCGAUCACACUUACAGUGGCUUGCGAAUGUAUUCACCCCCCUUUGCAUUUUUCCUAUUUUGUUGCCUUACAACCUGGAAUUAAAAUUGAUUUUUUGGGGGUGGGUUUGUAUCACUUGAUUUACACAACAUGCCUACUACUUUGAAGAUGCAAAAUAUUUUUUCUUGUGAAACAAACAAGAAAUAAGACAAGAGAACUUGAGCGUGCAUAACUAUUCACCCCCCCAAAGUCAAUACUUUGUAGAGCCACCUUUUGCAGCAAUUACAGCUGCAAGUCUCUUGGGGUAUGUCUCUAUAAGCUUGGCACAUCUAGCCACUGGGAUUUUGCUCAUUCUUCAAGGCAAAACUGCUCCAGCUCCUUCAAGUUGGAUGGGUUCCGCUGGUGUACAGCAAUCUUUAAGUCAUACCACAGAUUCUCAAUUGGAUUGAGGUCUGGGCUUUGAUUAGGCCAUUCCAAGACAUUUAAAUGUUUCCCCUUAAACCACUCAAGUGUUGCUUUAGCAGUAUGCUUAGGGUCAUUGUCCUGCUGGAAGGUGAACCUCCGUCCCAGUCUCAAAUCUCUGGAAGACUGAAACAGGUUUCCUUCAAGAAUUUCCCUGUAUUUAGAAUUCCUUCAAUUCUGACCAGUUUCCCAGUCCCUACCGAUGGAAAAACAUGGUGUUCUAGGGGUGAUGAGAGGUGUUGGGUUUGCGCCAAACAUAGCGUUUUCCUUGAAGGCCAAAAAGCUCAAUUUUAGUCUAAUCUGACCAGAGUACCUUCUUCCAUAUGUUUGCGGAGUCUCCCACAAGGCUUUUGGCGAACACCAAACGUGUUUGCUUAUUUUUUUCUUUAAGCAAUGGCUUUUUUCUGGCCACUCUUCCGUAAAGUCCAUCUCUGUGGAGUAUAUGGCUUAAAGUGGUCCUAUGGACAUAUACUCCAAUCUCCGCUGUGGAGCUUUGCAGCUCCUUCAGGGUUAUCGUUGGUCUCUUUGUUGCCUCUCUGAUUAAUGCCCUCCUUGCCUGAUCCAUGAGUUUUGGUGGGCGGCCCUCUCUUGGCAGGUUUGUUUUGGUGCCAUAUUCUUUCAAUGCUCUGUGGGAUGUUCAAAGUUUCAGAUAUUUCUUUAUAACCCAACCCUGAUCUGUACUAAUCCACAACUUUGUCCCUGACCUGUUUGGAGAGCUCCUUGGUCUUCAUGGUGCUGCUUGCUUUGUGGUGCCCUUUGCUUAGUGGUGUUGCAGACUCUGGGGCCUUUCAGAACAGGUGUGUGUAUAUAUACUGUGAUCAUGUGACACUUAGAUUGCACACAGGUGGACUUUAUUUAACUAAUGAUGUGACUUCUGAAGGUAAUUGGUUGCACCAGAUCUUAUUUAGGGGCUUCAUAACAAAGGGGGUGAAUACGUAUGCACGCACCACUUUUCCGUUAUUUAUUUUUUUAGAAUUUUUGAAAACAAGUUAUUUUUUUCAUUCCACUUUGGACUAUUUUGUGUAUGUCCAUUACAUGAAAUCCAAAUAAAAAUAAAUGUAUAUUACAGGUUGUAAUGCAACAAAAUAGUAAAAAUGCCAAGGGGGAUGAAUACUUUUGCAAGGCACUGUGUAUGCGAUGUCAUGGCGAUGUUGGCAAGCUAAGCACAUGCAUAGAAACACGUCAUCUGGUCUAACGGUCGUCUAGCGCCGAACUGCGCAUGUGCAGGCCGUCAAAUCAAAGGCAUUCCUUCAGUAUAAAGUUGUUUUUGACAAAAAUGGAAACCUGUCAGUUUAUCACUUUCACAAGGUUGGAGUAAUAACAGGUUCAACUACUUAACUACUUUUUUUAUUUUUUUGUCAUUUAGCAGACGCUCUUAUCCAGAGCGACUUAGUGAGUGCAUACAUUAUUUUUAUCAUACUGGCCCCCCGUGGGAAUCAAACCCACAACCCUGGCAUUGCAUACGCCAUGCUCUACCAACUGCGCUACAUCCCUGCCGGCCAUUCCCUCCCCUACCCUGGACGACGCUGGGCCAAUUGUGCGCCGCCCCAUGGGUCUCCCGGUCACUAGUGGCACAGCUAGCACUGCGAUGCAGUGCCUUAGACCACUGCGCCACAAUAUCACUUAUCUUCUGAAUUGUGUGUUUCUGUGUCAGUGUACGUGCAGUGCAUAUGCUGUAUGUUUAUUUUUGACCAUGUUUCUUUGUGUGUGUGUGUGUAGGAUGCACCCAAGCUCAUUGGCUCGACUCAAGGUUGUGCCUUUAGAUUUUGAGACAAUUCACAACUAAGGAAGAAUUUUCACUUCUCAUUGACUUCUCAAACCCCGGCCUGGUGUGUUUCGCAAGAAUUCCCGGAAGUCUCGCAAUGUUGUGCCUCUAGGUUUACAAACUCUGUGGUAAUAGCAUCUAUAACUACAGAGUAACAUCAGUUAUCAGUUAGAACUGAUGAAUAGAUGAUCACAUGGACGAAAAUCUGUUCCUGUAGUUUGGUCGUUAUGGUGUUGAGCUACAGUGCCUUCGGAAAGUAUUCAGACCCCUUGACUUUUUCCACAUUUUGUUACGUUUCACCCUUAUUCUAAAAUUGAUUUUUUUUUAAAAAUCCUCAUCAAUACACACAAUACCCCUUAAUGGCAAAGCAAAAACAGGUUUUCAGAAAUGUUUGCUAAUUUAUAAAAAAUCUAAAACUGAAAUAUCACAUUUACUUAGGUAUUCAGACCCUUUACUCAGUACUUUGUUGACACACCUUUGGCAGCAAUUAUUGCAUCGAGUCUUCUUGAGUAUGACGCAACAAGCUUGGCACACCUGUAUUUGAGGAGUUUCUCCCAUUCUUCUCUGCAGAUCCUCUCAAGCUCUGUCAAGUUGGAUGGGGAGCGUUGCUGCACAGGUCUCUCCAGAGUUGUUAGAUCGGGUUCAAGUCCGGGCUCUGGCUGGGCCACCUCUGUUCAUCUUUCCCUCUCCUGACUAGUCUCCCAGUCCCUGCCGCUGACAAACAUCCCCACAGCAUGAUGCUGCCACCGCCAUGAUUCACCGUAGGGAUGGUGCCAGGUUUCCUCGACGUGACGCUUGGCAUUCAGGCCAAAGAGUUCAAUCUUGGUUUCAUCAGACCAGACAAUCUUGUUUGUCAUGGUCUGAGAGUCCUUUAGGUGCCUUUUGUCAAACUCCAAGCGAGCUGUCAUGUGCCUUUUACUGAGGAGUGGCUUCCGUCUGGCCACUCUACCAUAAAGGCCUGAUUGGUGGAGUGCUGCAGAGAUUGUUGUCCUUCUGGAAGAUUCUCCCAUCUCCACAGAGGAACUCUGGAGCUCUGUCAGAGUGACCAUUGGGUUCUUCGUUACCUCCCUGACCAAGGCCCUUCUCCCCCAAUUGCUCAGUUUGGCCGGGUGGCCAGCUCUAGGAAGAGUCUUAGUGGUUCCAAACUUCUUCCAUUUAAGAAUGAUGGAGGCCACUGUGUUCUUGGGGACCUUCAAUGCUGCAGAAAUUUUUUGGUACCCUUCCCCAGAUCUGUGCUUCGACACAAUCCUGUCUCGGAGCUCUACGAACAAUUCCUUUGACCUCAUGGCUUGGUUUUUGCUCUGACAUGCACUGUCAACUGUGGGACCUUAUAUAGACGGUUGUGUGCCUUUCCAAAUCAUGUCCAAUCAAUUGAAUUUACAACUGGUGGACUCCAAGUUGUAGAAACAUCUCAAGGAUGAUCAAUGGAAACAGGAUGCACCCGAGCGCAAUUUCAAGUCUCAUAGCAAAGGGUCUGAAUACUUAUGUAAAUAAGGUAUUUUAAUUUUUAUACAUUUGCAAAACAUUUUAAAAACCUGUUUUCGCUUUGUCAUUAUGGGGUAUAGUGUGUGGACUGGUGAGGAUUUGUUUUUAUUUAAUCCUUUUUAGAAUAAGGCUGUAACAAUGUGGAAAAAGUCAAGGGGUCUGAAUACUUUCCGUAGGCACUGUAUAUCACUAAUCUUCUGAAGUGUGUGUUUCUGUGUCAGUGUACGUGUAUGUGCAAUGCAUAUGCUGUAUGUUUAUUUUUGACCAUGUUUCUUUGUGUGUGUGUGUAGGUGUUAAACCGUCUGUGGUACCCCAUCGUGCGGCAGGGGGCCCUAGUGGUUCUCUCCCACAUGCUGCUGAGUUUUCAACACUCACCUGAGGCCUUCCACUUGGUAAGAAACACACACACACACACACACACACACACACACACACACACACACACACACACACACACAAUACAACUCAUUCUAUUGCACAACGCAUGUCAUCUCCUCCCUCAUUCCCUCUAUUUAACUGAAACACGUUCAGGCCCCAUUUCCCAUAAGCACUCUGCUCUCAGCAGGGCUCUUCCACUAAUGAUGUGUAAAGUGUUUAAAGCACCAUGAUGGUCCUUUAGAUGGUUGGUGGUGUUUUCAUCAGCCAUGAUUGUCAAUUCAUUUUAAAAGGUUGAGUACAUUUAAGUCAAUGUGACCCCCCCCCCCCCCCCAUGACAAAAAGGGAAGUUUAAUGUAGCAUGUGAAGGUUGUUUUUACCUGUCACUACAUCAGUGUGUUUAGUGGUGUUCCUCUGCUAUAUGCAGUGCCUAGUUUCCUCCACUGCACCUUUCCACCUUGUAACAGAUUACGACAGAUGUGAUGCGCAUAUGACCAAGAACAUCGUCUACCAGCACUGACCUUGCUGAUAACUUCUUGAUUGAGGAUAGAUUGACUACGACUGUGAUAUGUUGGUUGUCUCACCUAGCCAUCUUAGGAUGAAUGCACUAACUACAAGUCUGCUAAAUGACUAAAAUGUGAAUGGAGUCUUCAAUACAUUGACUGUGUGUUCCCCAGGUGGUGCCACAUGUGGUGGAGCUGGUUCAGAGUCUGAAGAGGGACGGCGUGCCCACCAGUAAGGUUUUCCUGCUCCACUUCACAGAGCUCAUCCACUGUAUGAUGUACCAGUACUCUGGCUUCCCUGACCUCUACGACAACAUCCUGGAGGCCAUCAAAGUAAGACACCUUAACAACCAGUGUUGUCCUUUUUUUUUUAUGUAUCAGAAACAUUUAUUGUCCUUAUAUUAUGGUCCACCUGACAUGGGGGAAAAGUAGGUUUACAUCAUUUAUGUGACCAACUGUAAUGUUUGUGACGUCGUGAAUGAUUGGAAAUAUCUUUAAUUUACUGUCGUUAUUGUAGUAUAGACCUUUUUUUAAAUUCUGAGUGUACAAUACUAUGCAGAUCAUGUAUGGUAAACAGAUGUAUGGCGUGUCUGAAAGCUGUAGUCUCCCCCCCCGCCCCCUAGGAGCUACCCGGGCCCAGUGAGGAGAAGAUCAAGCUGGUUCUGAACCAAAGUGCCUGGACGUCCCAGUCCAACUCAUUUGCCUCAGGGCUGCUGAGGCUGGCUGGCAAGUCUGAGACGGGCAAGACUGGCCUCAUCAACCUGGGAAACACCUGCUACAUGAACAGCAUCAUACAGACUCUCUUCUCAGCUACAGAGUGAGUAGUGGAUUUAGUGCACACACACACACACACACACACACACACACACAACUACACGUUGCAUUAAUAUUGAAUUGACCACAUUGUUAACAAAGCUGUCUAUAGACAUUCUUGCUUGAAUCCGCUCUCAAUAGAAUGAUAUAAUGCUGAAAUAUUUCUGUAGGAAGGUCUUAUGUUCUGCUAUGCAUGAACCAUUCUACCUUUCUCUUCCAGUUUCAGGAGGCAUGUCUUAUCGUUACAUCUGAAUGAUGCCACUGCCAACACACUGAUGAAGAAACUGCAGCUCCUCUUCGCCUUCCUCUCACACACCCAGGUUUGUCUCCCUUGGCUGUUGGUGGCCAUCGUGUUUUCAAUGGAAAUGACUAUUGAUCUAACACUGAUCUUUCACUUGGUGUGUGUCUUCGGUGAGUGGUCAUUCAGUGUGUGUGUGUGUGUGUGUCUCCUGCAGAGGGCAGCGUACGCCCCCAGACUCUUCUUUGAGGCGUCUCGGCCCCCCUGGUUCAAUGCAGGUUCCCAGCAGGACUGUUCUGAGUACCUCCGCUUCCUCCUGGACAGGUAGGUACGCCACCUAGUUGACUACUGCAGCACCCUACAACUCCUUCCUCCUGGACAGGUAGGUACACCAUCUAGUAGACUACUGGAGCACCCUACAACUCCUUCCUCUUGGACAGGUAGGUACGCCAUCUAGUAGACUACUGGAGCACCCUACAACUCCUUCCUCCUGGACAGGUAGGUACGCCAUCUAGUAGACUACUGCAGCACCCUACAACUCCUUCCUCCUGGACAGGUAGGUACGCCACCUAGUAGACUACUGGAGCACCCUACAACUCCUUCCUCCUGGACAGGUAGGUACACCACCUAGUAGACUACUGGAGCACCCUACAACUCCUUCCUCCUGGACAGGUAGGUACGCCACCUAGUAGACUACUGGAGCACCCUACAACUCCUUCCUCCUGGACAGGUAGGUACCCAUCUAGUAGACUACUGGAGCACCCUACAACUCCUUCCUCCUGGACAGGUAGGUACACCAUCAGUAGACUACUGGAGCACCCUACAACUCCUUCCUCCUGGACAGGUAGGUACACCAUCUAGUAGACAGCUGGAGCACCCUACAACUCCUUCCUCCUGGACAGGUAGGUACACCAUCUAGUAGACUGCUGGAGCACCCUACAACUCCUUCCUCCUGGACAGGUAGGUACACCAUCUAGUAGACUACUGGAGCACCCUACAACUCCUUCCUCCUGGACAGGUAGGUACACCAUCUAGUAGACUACUGGAGCACCCUACAACUCCUUCCUCCUGGACAGGUAGGUACACCAUCUAGUAGACUACUGGAGCACCCUACAACUCCUUCCUCCUGGACAGGUAGGUACACCAUCUAGUAGACUACUGGAGCACCCUACAACUCCUUCCUCCUGGACAGGUAGGUACACCAUCUAGUAGACAGCUGGAGCACCCUACAACUCCUUCCUCCUGGACAGGUAGGUACGCCAUCUAGUAGACUGCUGGAGCACCCUACAACUCCUUCCUCCUGGACAGGUAUGUACACCAUCUAGUAGACAGCUGGAGCACCCUACAACUCCUUCCUCCUGGACAGGUAUGUACGCCAUCUAGUAGACUGCUGGAGCACCCUACAACUCCUUCCUCCUGGACAGGUAUGUACGCCAUCUAGUAGACUGCUGGAGCACCCUACAACUCCUAAAACCUGUAAGACUCUCGGUAUAGAUGGCAAGAAUGUAUGAAUCUAGCGUGUGUUUGUCUGGAGAGUAUUUUGAGAGAAGGAUCUUAAGAAGUAAUAGAAUUGAUGUUCACUGAAUGGGUGUUAUUGAAAAGGACAUCUCCAUUUAUUAUGCUGUUGCAUUCAUUUGCAUAUUGUAUUUUUUGUAAAAUGUUUUAUUUUCUCCUCGCGUUCUGUUGCCAAGGUUACACGAAGAGGAGAAAACCAUCCAGGUCCUCAUGUCAGCCAAACCAAAUGUCAUCUCCCCUAGCAACAGACCGAGCGACGACACCGGGGGUCAAACCUCCGCGGAGGACGCCGGAGUGUCACCCGUGGCCCCUGUGGAGGCGAAGUCCGAGGAGAAUGACGAGAGGACGCUGAUUGAGAGGAUGUUCAGAGGCAGGCUGAGCACGGGUAUCCGCUGCAUGGCAUGUAACGGCGUCUCGGAGAAAGAAGAACCUUUCACUGACCUGUCCCUGGCAUUCUGUCCCUCCACCACCACCAGCCCUCUUCAGACCGGGGGCCCAUCAGAGGAACCCCGGGGCCCCUGCCAGGGGGCUGUCAACGGGGGCAGCGAGGCUCCCGAAAUAGGCCCUUCUCCCAAACCCGCCGCGGCCUCCACCACCGGCGUCCAUUUUGCCCAAGCGUCCAGCGAGCCACCGCUGUCUGUUCCUGACCUGGUGGACUACUUCCUGGCACCAGAGAUCCUUGAUAAGGAGAACGCCUACUUCUGCCAGAAGUGCGGCUCGCUGCAGCGGGCGGAGCGGGGGAUGAGGGUGGUGGCGGCGCCCGAGUACCUCAUCCUCACGCUGCUGAGGUUCUCCUACGACGCCAAGUGCCACGUGCGCCGCAAGAUCCUGGACAACGUCACCAUACCGCCGCUCAUGAGACUGCCCGUGCACGCCCCUCCACCCAAACACUCUUCGUCCUCUUCCUCACCACCAUCCUCUCCACUCCAAGUGGACUCACCCGAGAGCAGCGAAAACCUAGCCAAGAAACUGAAGCCGUCACGGAGAGAGGAAGAGGAGGAGGGUGGGAUAGAGGGCGAGAACGGGAUGAACGGAGGAGAAACUGAGGUAGGGGUGUGGCCGGCGGCCCAGUUAGUUCCCUACGUCCUCAGCUCCGUAGUGAUGCAUUCUGGGUUGUCGUCGGAGAGCGGCCAUUACUACUCCUACGGCCGCAACCUCAACGGGGCCGACGGCGCCCAACACCACCUAGCCAAUCACCUUACCCUGGGGGAGGAGCCUGGGAACGGGCAGACUGAGCCCAUUGCACCCACUUGCUCUGCCACACUGGGGGCGACUCCUCCCAAACCGGAAGUGGAGGAGGUGUGCGGAGGCCAGGCGGCCCGGGAUUGGCUGCUGUUUAACGACAGCAGGGUGACAUUCACUUCGUUGGGGUCGGUUCAGAACAUCACCAACCGUUUCCCCAAGGACACAGCCUACGUGCUGAUCUACCGGAAGCAGGACUUUACCGCGGGGCAGAACAGUACCGGGGGAGUGACGGCCAACGGCAUGAGACUGGGCUCUGAACCUCCGCUGCAGAAAGAACUGAUGGACGCCGUCACCAAGGACAACAAGCUCUUUUUACAGGUGAGAGGAGGGGGUAUGAAGAGUUACAAAUCGAAAUCAAAUUACAUUUUAUUUGUCACAUGCGCCGAAUAUAACAGGUGUAGACCUUACAGUGAAAUGCUUACUUACAAGCCCUUAACCAACAAUGCAGUUUUAAGAAAGAAUACCAAAAAAAAUCACACAAAAAAUACAAUAUAAAAUAAUACGAAAUAAAACUAACAAAUAAUUAAAGAGCAGCAGUAAAAAUUACAAUAGCGAGGCUAUAUACAGGGGGUACCGGUACCGAGACAAUGUGCGGGGGCACCGGUUAGUCCAGGUAAUAUGUACAGUGAGGGGAAAAAAGUAUUUGAUCCGCUGCUGAUUUUUGUACGUUUGCCCACUGACAAAGACAUGAUCAGUCUAUAAUUUUAAAAUCCAGAAAAACGCAUGUCAAAAAUUGUAUAAAUUGAUUUGCAUUUUAUGAGGGAAAUAAGUAUUUGACCCCUCUCAAUCAGAAAGAUUUCUGGCUCCCAGGUGUCUUUUAUACAGGUAACGAGCUGAGAUUAGGAGCACACUCUUAAAGGGAGUGCUCCUAAUCUCAGUUUGUUACCUGUAUAAAAGACACCUGUCUACAGACGCAAUCAAUCAAUCAGAUUCCAAACUCUCCACCAUGGCCAAGACCAAAGAGCUCUCCAAGAAUGUCAGGGACAAGAUGUAGACCUACACAAGGCUGGAAUGGGCUACAAGACCAUUGCCAAGCAGCUUGGUGAGAAGGUGACAACAGUUGGUGCGAUUAUUCGCAAAUGGAAGAAACACAAAAUAACUGUCAAUCUCCCUCGGCCUGGGGCUCCAUGCAAGAUCUCACCUAGUGGAGUUGCAAUGAUCAUGAGAACGGUGAGGAAUCAGCCCAGAGCUACACGGGAGGAUCUUGUCAAUGAUCUCAAGGCAGCUGGGACCAUAGUCACCAAGAAAACAAUUAGUAACACACUACGCCGUGAAGGACUGAAAUCCUGCUGCGCCCGCAAGGUCCCCCUGCUCAAGAAAGCACAUAUACAGGCCCGUCUGAAGUUUGCCAAUGAACAUCUGAAUGAUUCAGAAGAGAACUGGGUGAACGUGUUGUGGCCAGAUGAGACCAAAAUCGAGCUCUUUGGCAUCAACUCAACUCGCCAUGUUUGGAGGAGGAGGAAUGCUGCCUAUGACCCCAAGAACACCAUCCCCACCGUCAAACAUGGAGGUGGAAACAUUAUGCUUUGGGGGUGUUUUUCUGCUAAGGGGACAGGACAACUUCACCGCAUCAAAGGGACGAUGGACGGGGCCAUGUACCGUCAAAUCUUGGGUGAGAACCUCCUUCCCUCAGCCAGAGCAUUGAAAAUGGGUCAUGGAUGGGUAUUCCAGCAUGACAAUGACCCAAAACACACGGCCAAGGCAACAAAGGAGUGGCUCAAGAAGAAGCACAUUAAGGUCCUGGAGUGGCUUAACCAGUCUCCAGACCUUAAUCCCAUAGAAAAUCUGUGGAGGGAGCUGAAGGUUCGAGUUGCCAAACGUCAGCCUCGAAACCUUAAUGACUUGGAGAAGAUCUGCAAAGAGGAGUGGAACAAAAUCCCUCCUGAGAUGUGUGCAAACCUGGUGGCCAACUACAAGAAACGUCUGCCCUCUGUGAUUGCCAACAAGGGUUUUGCCACCAAGUACUAAGUCAUGUUUUGCAGAGGGGUCAAAUACUUAUUUCCCUCAUUAAAAUGCAAAUCAAUUAAUAACAUUUUUGACAUGUGUUUUUCUGGAUUUUGUUAUUCUGUCUCUCGCUGUUCAAAUAAACCUACCAUUAAAAUUAUAGACUGAUCAUGUCUUUGUCAGUGAGCAAACGUACAAAAUCAGCAGGGGAUCAAAUACUUUUUUCCCUUACUGUACAUGUAGGUAGAGUUAUUUAUUAAAGUGACUAUGCAUAGAUAAUAAACAGAGUAGCGGGGGGAUGGGGCAAUGCAAAUAGUCUGGGUAGCCAUUUGAUUAGAUGUUCAGGAGUCUUAUGGCUUGUGGGUAGAAGCUGUUUAGAAGCCUCUUGGACCUAGACUUUGCGCUCCGGUACUGCUUGCCGUGCGGUAGCAGAGAGAACCGUCUGACUUGGGUGGCUGGAGUCUUUUUUUGUUGUUGUUGGUAUUUUAACCCCUUUUUCUUCCCAAUUUCGUGGUAUCCAAUUGUCCAAUCGUUGCUACUCCCGUACGGACACGGGAGAGGCGAAGGUCGAGAGUCAUGCGUCCUCCGAAACACAACCCAACCAAGCCACACUGCUUCUUGACACAGUGCCCGCUUAACCCGGAAGCCAGCCGCACUAAUGUGUCGGAGGAAACACCGUACACCUGGCGACCGAGUCAGCAUGCACUGCGCCCGGCCCGCCACAGGAGUCGCUAGUGCGCGAUGGGACAAGAACAUCCCUGCCGGCCAAACCCUCCCCUACCCUGGAUGGCGCUGGGCCAAUUGUGCGCCGCCCCAUGGGUCACCCGGUCGCGGCCGGCUGCGACAGAGCCUUGACCCGAACCAAGAUCUCUAGUGGCACAGCUAGCACUGCAACACAGUGCCUUAGACCACUGUGCCACUCGGGAGGCCCUGGGUGGCUGGAGACUUUGACAAUUUUUAGGGCCUCUCUCUGACACGCCUGGUAUAGAGGUCCUGGAUGGCAGGAAGCUUGGCCCCAGUGAUGUACUGGGCCAUACGCACUACCCUCUGUAGUGCCUUGCGGCCGAGCAGUUGCCAUACCAAGCAGUGAUGCAACCAGUCCGGAUGCUCUCGAAGCUGUAGAACCUUUUGAGGAUCUGAAGACCCAUGCCAAAUCUUUUCAGUCUCUUUAGGGGGAGACUGUCUUGGUGUGCUUGGACCAUGUUAGUUUGUUGGUGAUGUGGACACCAAGGAACUUGAAGCUCUCAACCUGCUCCACUACUGCCCCAUCGAUGAGAAUGGGGGCGUGCUCGGUCCUCUUCUUUUUCUUGUAGUCCACAAUCAUCUACUUUGUCUUGAUCACGUUGAGGGAGAGGUUGUUGUCCUGGCACCACACGGCCAGGUCUCUGACCUCCUCCCUAUAGGCUGUCUUGUCGGUGAUCAGGCCUACCACUGUUGUGUCAUCGGCAAACUUAAUGAUGGUGUUGGAGUCGUGCCUGGCCAUGCAGUCAUGAGUGAACAGGGAGUAGAGGAGGGGACUGAGCACGCACCCCUGAGGGGCACCCGGUUUGAGGAUCAGCGUGGCGGAUGUGUUGUUACCUACCCUUACCACCUGGGGGCGGCCCAUCAGGAAGUCCAUGAUCCAGUUGCAGAGGGAGGUGUUUAGUCCCAGGGUCCUUAGCUUAGUGAUGAGCUUUGAGGGCACUAUGGUGUUGAACGCUGAGCUGUAGACCAUGAAUAGCAUUCUCACAUAGCUGUUCCUUUUUGUCCAAGUGUGAAAGGGUAGUGUGGAGCGCAUUAGAGAUUGCAUCAUCUGUGGAUCUGUUGGGGCGGUAUGCAAAUUGGAGUGGGACUAGGGUUUCUGGGAUAAUGAUGUUGAUGUGAGCCAUGACCAGCCUUUCAAAGCACUUCAUGGCUACAGACGUGAGUGCUACGGGUCAGUAGUAAUUUAGGCAGGUUACCUUAGUGUUCUUGGGCACUGGGACUAUGGUGGUCUGCUUGAAACAUGUUGGUAUUACAGACUCAGACAGGGAGAGGUUGAAAAUGUCAGUGAAGACACUUGCCAGUUGGUCAGCGCAUGCUCAGAGUACACGUCCUGGUAAUCCGUCUGGCCUUGCGGCCUUGUGAAUGUUGACCUGUUUUAAAGGUCUUACACACAUCGGCUACGGAGAGCGUGAUCACACAGUUGUCCGGAACAGCUGAUGCUCUCAUGCAUGUUUCCGUGUUAAUUGCCUUGACGCGAGCAUAGAAGUAAUUUAGCUUGUCUGGUAAGCUCGUGUCACUGGGCAGCUCGCGACUGUGCUUCCCUUUGUAGUCUGUAAUAGUUUGCAAGCCUGCCACAUCCGACGAGCGUCGGUGCCGGUGUAGUACGAUCUUAGUCCUGUAUUGACUCUUUGCCUGUUUGAUGGUUCGUCGGAGGGCAUAGCGGGAUUUCUUAUAAGGUUCCGGGUUAGAGUCCCGCUCCUUGAAAGCGGCAGCUCUACCCUUUAGCUCAGUGCGGAUGUUGCCUGUAAUCCAUGGCUUCUGGUUGGGGUAUGUACGUACAGUCACUGUGGGGACGACGUCAUCAAUGCACUUAUUGAUGAAGCCAGUUACUGAUGUGGUAUAUUCCUCAAUGCCAUUGGAAGAAUCCCGGAACAUAUUCAAGUCUGUGCUAGCAAAACAGUCCUGUAGCUUAGCAUCUGCUUCAUCUGACCACUUUUUUUAUUGACUGGUGCUUCCUGCUUUAGUUUUUGUUUGUAAGCCUGAAUCAGGAGAAGUGAAAUAUGGUCAGAUUUGCCAAAUGGAGGGCGAGGGAGAGCUUUGUACGCGUCUCUGUGUUUGGAGUAAAGGUGGUCUAAAGUUUUUUUUCCCUCUGGUUGCAUGUUUAACAUGCUGGUAGAAAUGAGGUAAAACGGAUUUGUUUCUCUGCAUUAAAGUCCCCGGCCACUAGGAGUGCCGCCUCUGGAUGAGCGGUUUCCUGUUUGCUUAUGGCCGUAUACAGUUCAUUGAGUGCGGUCUUAGUGCCAGCAUCAGUUUGUGGUGGUAAAUAGACAGCUACAAAGAAUAUAGAUGAAAACUCUCUAGGUAAAUAGUGUGGUCUACAGCUGAUCAUGAGAUACUCUACCUCAGGCGAGCAAAACCUUGAGACUUCCUUAGAUAUCGUGCACCAGCUGUUGUUUACAAAUAUGCAUAGACCGCCACCCCUUGUCUUACCAGAGGCUGCUGUUCUAUCCUGCCGAUACAGUGUAUAACCCACCAGUUGUAUGUUAUUCAUGUUUUCAUUCAGCCAUGACUCGGUGAAACAUAAGAUAUUACCGUUUUUAUGUCCCGUUGGUAGGAUCGUCUUGUAGUUCGUCCACUUUAUUACAUUUGACAUUUUAGUCAUUUAGCAGAUGCUCUUAUCCAGAGCGACUUACAGUUAGUGAGUGCAUACAUUUUUUCAUACUGGCCCCCCAUGGGAAACGAACCCACAACCCUGGCGUUGCAAGCGCCAUGCUCUACCAACUGAACUACACGGGGCCAAGCGAUUGUAAAUUGGCCAAUAGUAUCGAUGGCGAAGGCAGAUUAGCCACUCGUCUCCGGCUCCUUACCAGGCACCCCGAUCUCCUUCCGCGAUAUCUCCUUUUCUUUCUACUGCGAAUGACUGGGAUGAGGGCCCUGUCGGGUGUCUGGAGCAAAUCCCUCUCGUCCGACUCAUUAAAGAAAAAGUGUUCAUCCAGUUCAAGGUGAGUAAUCGCUGUUCUGAUGUCCAGAAGCUCUUUUCGGUCAGAAGAGACGGUAGCAGCAACAUUAUGUACAAAAUAAGUUACAAACAAUGCAAAUUAAACCACAAACUAGCACGGUUGGUUAAGAGUCCAUAAAACGGCAGCCAUCCCCUCUGGCGCCAUUGUAGAGUAUAGUGAAUGAGGCGUUUUCUGUUUGCUUGCGUCUAUCCAAGUGCUCUACUCACUUAAAUUUACAGUAUGUUAAUAUUUGGUUUGAAACUAAAAAGACGAUUUCCUUUUAAGGUUAUCAGAGUGCAAGCCUCACAUUUGACCCCUGCCCUCUUAACCACUAGAGGGCAACAGCCCAUAAUAUAAUACUCUACUUUCAUCUCUGUCCAUGACCGGUUUAGAUAACAGGGUAGCGAAGGGUGCAAAGCUGAUUCACUCUCUCCUACUCAACCCAAUUAUCUCUAUAUAAAAAGCCCUCCAGUCCCACCCUGUGUCGGCGCCUGUCAUUCCUGUCACUAAAUACAGGCCAAGGAGGGGUGACGCGGCCAUUAACAUUAGCCUAACCGUUUAGUGUGAUCCUGACUGAGUGAUGCAUCAGGCUAUGCUAAUGUGUUGGCCCAGGGAAGUGGAAUGUGUUCACUUAUGAUCACGCUAGCCUCCGGUAACCUUCCUCUAAUUGCUUGAUUAGCACUGAGGUGAAUGCAUUCGUAUUUACAUUUUUAGUCGUUUAGCAGACGCUCUUCUCCCGAGCGACUUACAAUUUAAUGCAUUCAUUUUACGACAGCUAGGUGAGACAACGCAUCAUAAUCGUAUCAGUACAUUUUCCCUCAACAAAGUAGUUAUCAGCAGGGGCGCAACUUUCACUAGGGACGGGGGGAGACAUGAUCCCCCACAUUCUGAAAUAGCAUUUUUGUCCCCCCCAGUUUUAUAAUUGGAAUGUGAAGAAAAAAAAUAUAUAUAUAUAUCCCCCCCACUUCUAAAACCAAAGUUGCGCCCCUGGUUAUCAGCAAAGUCAGUGAUAGUGUGAAAAUAUGUUUUUUUUAAUGGGGGGGGCGGGGGGCGUCUGUCAAUUACAUUUCCAUAUUCUUCAGGGUAUUUCUGGUAACGUCUAGUCACGGUUUGCUCUCCUCAUUUGGACCUGUAUUUGGAAAUUAUCCUUUCAAAUUGUGCCCAUGUUCAAUUUAAUAGGGCCCUGUGUUUUCCAUGUAUCCAUUGACAGGAUUAAAGUAGUUCUGAACAAGCUUUGAUCAAAACAUGUUGCGAGUGUUCAGAAAGCCAACCAUACACAUGUUACACAUUUCCCUUAUGCUUUCAAGACUCAAUUAGUCAAGUGAAAUUUCAUGAGUCAAUAAGCUCUCAAAAAAAACAAAAUUACUUCAACCACACAGUUGCAGGAAUCCCAAUGUAACCACUAGAGGGCAGCAGAGCAGCAUCUUCUUGCUCAGACAGAAUACCUAAACUCCUGGGUCAUGUUCAUUAGGAGAUGCAACGUUUUAAAACAUUCUGCAACGGAAAAUUUAAGUAAGCGUUUCUUAUUGCUCAAGUCCAGGUAGUCCCUGCCUGUUUCAGUCUGUUUUCUUCCAUUUGGUGCUUAAUGAACACGACCCUCUGAACAAAGUGCUUAAUUGUCCUAAACUCCUUCUCUUUGUCCAAUAGGAACAGGAGCUGAACGCGCGGACCCGAGCUCUCCAGGCGGCCUCGGCCUCCUGCUCGUUCAGGCCCAAUGGAUCAGACGACAACGAACCCCCGGGCAGCUGUGGUCCUUCGGGGGGAGGAGGAGGAGGAGGAGGAGGAGGUGGUGGGUUCAACACUGUCAACAGGCUAGUCUUC